AUGUCGGUUCCUGCCGAGAGCUGUAAGCAACAUGGACAGGCCGACCAUGUUUGCAUCUUCAUCAAACGCUUUCUCGUUUGUUUGCACGAAUUGAUCCAGGACUUGGUCCCAUACAUCUUCAUCAUUCACUUUUCAUUCAUCAUGGAGAUCAGUGCAGAAUUGGAUACUAGCAACCGCCCCGAUGAGUGGAAGAUCGAACAGGGUAUGGCUGGCCACAAGCUGCCUAUCCUAGAUCAGACCGGGAGCGAUACCAUCAAUCUUUAUCCUCCACCACCUACCAAACUGAUCAAAGAUGAAGAAGCCAUUUAA